AUGGCAUGGAGGGCAGCAAGGUCUUAUAGUGAGGUGGGACACAAGAUUUGGAUGGAAAGACUGAGAGAAGCUAAGGCAUCUGCAGCAGAAUGGUUUGAUGACAAACCAGUUGAGCAAUGGGCAAGGGCUUAUUUUGAUAAGUCUUCAAAGUGUGAUCAUAUCACAUCAAACUUCUGUGAAGCCUUCAAUGCUUGUAUUCUGGAAUUGAGGUUCAUGCCCAUUGCAAAGUUGGUGCAAAAAUAUCAUCUUCUCAUGAUGAGAAUCUUCUAUGAUAGAGAAUUAGUGGGAAAUAGAAUGAAUGAUGGAGGUGUGGUCCCUAGAGUGAUGAUAACUAUUAACAAGCAUCUCUACUUCACCCAUGAGUUCACAAAACAGCCAUCUUCUGACUUUGUGUGGACUAUAUUAGACACAAAGAAAGAUAUCAGCUGGAAUGUUUAUCUGAAAGAGCAUACAUGUACCUGCAAUGUAUGGCAAGUUAGUGGUAUUCCAUGUGUACAUGCAAUUUGUGCAAGCUUGCAUUUCAGGACUAGAAACUUUGAUCAGUAUGUCCAUCCAUACAUGAAGGUGACUAACUAUAGAGACUUGUAUGCUCCAUCACUUAAGCCACUCAGGGAUAAAGCUUUAUGGGCACAUAAUCUGUUGGAUGAUGUGAAGCCUCCAAAAGUUACUAGACCCACAGGGAGGCCUAGAAAUCAAAGAAGAAGGGACAAUGAUGAGAUACGUGGCAGGAAUUCUAGACAGUACAUGUGUGGAAAGUGUUAUACAUAUGGUCACAACAGAAAAACUUGCACUGGUGCAACUGCUGCAAAUGUGGAUCAAGCUCCAGCUACCUUCACAGGUCCUCAUGUACUAAAUCCAACCGGAAGAGGUGUUGGUGGUGUUCAGAGAGGAUGUGUUGGUUCUCGGGGAGGAGGUGUUAGUGCUCGGAGAGGUAGAGCUUUCUUGAGAGGUGGUGCUGUAUUUUCGACGAGUGGAAGGGGAAACAUGCAUAGAAUUAUGGAUUGGCUAGGCACACCUGAGCAGUGGGCAAAUGAUGAAUGA